AUGGAAAACUCGAAGCGAAAUUCAGCGAAUUUAUUGAGCGAUUGGAACCGAAUGGCUGACCUUCUAAAAAUAAAUCCAAAGAAUAUAAAAAAAUCAGAAGAUUCAACUCGAUCAGAUGUUCAAAAUCAGGCUGGAGUUAGCAAUGUUGAAGCGGUGGUAUGUUUAUAUGAAAAAAUUCAAAUCAAAUUGUAAAUAUAAAACUCUUAGGUCGGAAAUUUUGAGCCAGAAACUCGACAAGUUGAACCACCACUCCGAUUAUGGCCAUUCAAGAUCCCACCUCUGGCAUUUUUGGUAAGUUUGAUCAAUGACAACUGAAACUAUGUAAAAACAAUAUUUUUCAGCAAAUCUCUCCAAUGGCAUGCUGUCGUUUCUGCACAGCUUAUAUGAAGAAAAAAUCGAUGAUGCGAAUCACAACAGCAAAUUAUCAAUAUCUCAGAAGUCAAAUUGGUCAGAUACUUGAGGAGAAUAUGGCGGAAAAUGAGACGCCUCAUUUUAUCUGCUUGACUCAUGUUCGAGAUUUGAUGCGUCAAGUUUACAAUGAUUCUGCUCACGAUUGA